UGGCAACCGGAGGAAUUCAGCCAUACAUGUUUGAGCCAGAGUCUGAUCCCGAAUCUGAAGAAAAUGAACCCCCUCCACAAACACCACGGAUACUGCAGUCUGUGACAGCGUGGGUGAGGUGGUCCAGGGCAGUCUGGAGAACGACCCCACAGAAAACCACAGCAAAAAGAAACAUGACCUCGAAGGAGACUUCAAAUUAGUAAGUGAUCAACGCAUGCACACAUAUACAUUGAUAAUGCCUAGGUUUAUUUCAUUGUUUUUAUUGCGUGUUUAUUGUUUUGGCUUUAAAAUUGUUGUCAGUCAGCAUGCAUAAUCUGCUGUAUUUGCAAUUUUAACAUUUUCUUCAUAUGAUGUUAUGGUCUCUGUGUCUGAAAUAUGUGUGGUGGUGUAGAUGUAGUGGUUAAAAAUGUGAGCUGGUAAGUGGAAGAUUAUUUUUUUUUUUUUUUUUUUUUUUUUUUUGCAAUGUAUAUUAUCAGCAUAACAAUUUGAGUUAAAAGCUGAAUUGAAAGAUGAACAGGAAUUUCAAAAUGUCAAAAUAUUUGGUAAGUACCCUUUUUGCUUGUUGACAGCUUGUACUUCCAAAAUGUUUCAAAUAUCCACCUUUGCAAUGUGGUCUCAGACUUUUGGACCUCACUGUAUAGCAGAAACAUGCACCUUUUCUUUUUCUCUGCAGAUAAAAGAUGAAGCGUCUGAAACUAGUACUGAAAAAAGUGAUCAGAACCCCUGGAUUGGAGUGGUACCUGUCCAAAUGGAGGAAGGCACCGUUUCUAGUAACAGCAACCAGGAGUCUUUUGCUGCCUCUGUGGUUAAUAAGAUGAAGCGUGCUCUUGUUUUGGGUGCAUCUGCUUUGAUUAUACUGGUUUUAAACCAGAAUACUGUCCGAGAGAUGGACCUCUCUCAGGUUCUCUCUAAGCCAAUAAUUGUUAUUCAGACAUCAGAAAAUGUCACCAAGCUUAUUGGAGCACUCCUCAGGGGCCUUCAUGCAACUGCAAAAAUCACUUACAAAACUUGUCUACAGGAAAGCCUGGGGGCCACCCUGACCCUUUGGUCCAGCUGUGGGCGAUCAAGAAGUGGGCUGUAUGGAGAGUGGCAGGGGGUCAUUUGCACCGGGGAGACCAACUCUCAGGUUCACAAAUACCUCCAGCAGCUGUGGAACACUGUCGUUCUAGUGGCCCUCGUCCUCUUAACGGGGGUCAUCGUUCAAGCACGCUGGCAGUACCAGGACAACCGGUUUAAUGAUGAUUCAGAGUCACACCUCAAGCAGGACAUUUUAAAGAGAUUAUCAGCACUGAAAACCAGGAUGUACCGGAAGCCUAAACUGAGGUGUGACCCAAUUCAGACACAGCCUGUAGAGAUGGACAAUUGUGCAGUUUGUCUGGAGCAGUACAACAACAACCAGUGUUUGAGGGUGUUGCCGUGCCUCCAUGAGUUCCAUAGAGAUUGUGUUGAUCCCUGGCUACUCCUGCAGCAAACCUGUCCUCUCUGCAAACGCAGUGUGCUUGAAGGAAGAAAGAAAGUCAUACACAUCUGGGAUAGCAUGAGGGUAAUUUUUAUUGAGCUGCACCUGGACGGAUUCUGGACUAGGGAUUUGUGAAAUUAAGUGGUUCAGAUGUUCAUGGCAACUAAACACCUCCUUUGUACUGGAAGGUCAGGAUGCCUCCAUAAUAAUGAUAUUUGACCUUUCUGAAGACUAUGAACCUUUACUUAUAAAAUGACCCCAAGAGACAGGACUAGACCCUGGUUUGAUUAGUUGUUUGAAGGUAGGUCCUUGUACGUGGGAUCAGAUUUAUCAGACACUCUCAAGUUUGUUUAAACAAGGGUGAGGGGAUGGGAUGAGUCUGUGUUUAAUUAAAGGAUAGUUAACCUAAAAAUGAAAAUUGUCAUUUCCUCAUUUUGUUUCUAAAUCUGCUUGACUUUCUUCCAUUGAACACAAAAGGAGGUUUUAGGCAGAAUGUUAUUGUUAGCCACCAUUCACUUUCAUUGCAUUUUUUCCCCAUAUAAUGAAAGUGAAUGGUGAUUGAGGCUGAUAUUCAGCAUACCAUCUCUUUUGUGUUCCAUGUAAGAAAGAAAGUCAAAUGUGUUUGGAAAAACAACGUCAUAAUGAGUAAAUAAUGAAAUAACAUUUUCAUUUUCGGGUGAACUAUCACUUAAAGUAAUGUUCCGGGUUCACCACAAGUUAACCUCAAUUGAAAGCAUUUGUUGCAUAAUGUUGAUUUCCACAAAAAUUAAUUCAGACUCAUUCCUCCUUUUCUUAAAAAAAAAAAAAAAAAAAAAAAAAAGCAAAAAUCGAGAUUAUAGUGAGGCACUUACAAUGGAAGUAAAUGGGGACAAUGAAAGUGAACGUAGCCAAUAUUCUGACAAAUUAAACAGAAAUUUUAAGUUUAUAAUUUUGUAAAAGCACUUGCAUUACGACUUAUGUUAAAACUUAUGUAAUAUUUGAACAGAAAGUUGUUUAAAUUAUAAUUUUUACUGUCAUUUUAGGGUUUGUUGACAUUACAUCGUCAUGGUAACGAAGUUGCGAAAUUGUCUAACUUUACACAGAAAAGGUUUGUAAGUGAUUUUUAUCACACAAAUCAUGUUUACACGCAUAUCCUUUGUCUUGUGGCUAUACUUUUGAAAAAGUUAGUAUUUUAACGUUAAAAAAAUUGCCCCCCAUUCACCUAUAUUGUAAGUGCCUCACUGUAACCCCGAUUUUUGCUUUUUUUAAAGAGGAGGAACGAGUCUAAAUACAUUUUUGUGGUAAUCAACAUUCUGCCACAAAUGCUGUCAAUUUAGUGUAACUAACUAACUCAGAAUAUUCCUUUAAAUCUUUUUUUUUUUUUUUUCUUCCAAUUUGGAAUGCCCAAUGCACUUUAAGUCCUCGUGGUCACGUAGUGAUUCGUCUCAAUCCGGGUGGCGGUGGACAAAUCCCAGCUGCCUCCACGUGUGAGACCAUCAACCCACGCAUCUUAUCACGUGGCUUGUUGAGUGUGUUACCACGGAGACAAUGCACGUGUGGAGGCUUCACGCCAUCCACGCUCAACUCACCACGCGCCCCACAGAGAACUAACCACAUUAUAGCGACCACGAGGAGGUUACCCCAUGUGACUCUACCCUCCCUAGCAACCGGGCCAAUUUGGUUGCUUAGGAGACCUGGCUGGAGUCACUUAGCACGCCCUGGGAUUUGAACUAGCGAGCUCCAGGGGUGGUAGCCAGCUUCUUUUACCACUGAGCUACCCAGGCCUCCAGUUAUUCCUUUAAAUCCUUUAAAAAAUGUAUGCCAAAAAGCAAUCAAGCACUUCACACUUACUUUAAUAAGAUGAAAACUACACUUAAGGAUAAGCAUCAGUAGUUUAACAAAUUAUAAACUAUUGAUAAAAACUAUAAUGAGAACUGAAGGGAAGCCCUGUGCUUUUCUGCUGCAACUAGAGUGAAUUUCACCACGUUACUGUCACUUGUGAAGAGGACCUACAGGGACAUAGUAAAAUGGAAUCACAAGGCAGCAAAACCGAACAUUCAGGGGGCGUUCACACUUACAGUGAUUUUCAGCAACAAAACAACCAGAAGUUAUUAAUGGUCAAUGAGCGACAGAAAUUGUUGGCAAUGCUACAAUGAUGAGUUCAACUUUACACAAAUGCGCAAGACAGUGGAUACCUUUGGAAUUUGCAGUUGAGUAAGAACACCUAAUAGCAACCAAAAGUUCGGUGACUUGGCGAUCUCCAGUGAUUUAAUUGCUGUCAGUAUGUAUGACGUUCCAGUUAAAUUAAACCCAUCUGUAUGGAAGCAUAAUCUGUGUUUAUGCCAAAUCUAAAGAAUUUCCAUCUUCCCAAGUAUCAUGAUACAUGAGUCUUUUCUCAGGAGUACUUAUGUCAAACAGGUAGAAAGCCGGUAUAGUUAAAAUCUCAUUAAACACACACACACACAGAGGAACAACUAAGAAACAGUCUUAAGAACAGCAUUUAUUCAUGUUUUAUCAUUCUAAUUUUUACAUUGUUUUUUUUAUUCCAAAAGCAUUCAUAAAUAUGCUUUCUGUUAGAAAAUCCUUUGUUUAUCUUAGCAAGUAGAAAUAUGUUGCUCUACAUGGCAAGAGAACAUUGCCUGAAGUUCAAAGUGUAACCAGUGUGGCAUACACUUACAGCCUUUGGCACAUCAUAACUAAUUUGUUGAAAUCAGAAUCUGCAGCCAUGAUGUACAGCCUCAGAUUGUGAGGUUUUUGAAGGACUGCACAUAAGUCUUAAUUGCUUUCUGAACCUUUAAGGAACUAACCUGGCUCAGAUUUAGGUCUUAUGAGCAAUGUGUAGCUUUAUUUUUGCUUCAAUAGUGUUAUGUAGCACAUCUUUUGUAGAGUUCAUACUCCACUCUCUUUUUAGAUGAUAUGUAGGGUCUACAUCUCAGUCAAUGUUCCUUUAUUUAUUGAAUUAUACUUAGUGCAAUAACUGUUUGUACCUCUCCUCUGUUCAAUAAACGUAUGUUACAUGGCAAAAGACCUUUGCCUUUAAGCA